AUGGAUAAAGGACUGAAACAUGAAGAGAUGCGUCAAGUGUUAAAGCCCGAGCAAGAGAAGCAUCCUUCUCUGAGACAAGCAGUUCUGGCCAACCAGUGGGACACCGUGGAGUCCGACAGAGAGAGUUUGGCCCAGGAGAGAGAUUACCAACAGCAGCUACAAGUGUGCGUCGAUCAAAACAAAUACAUACUGCCUCGCAAGGAGCACGCUGAGAGUUUACAACAUGGGGAUGGAGAGGACGAAGAUGCAAAUGAUGAUGAAACUGAAGAGCUUCAAAUUUAUGAUAGCCUAGAAGAAGUAGCACACCUCGACGCGAAGAGGAACCCUGCCCUGUUACAGACUGAAGUAGAUGAAAGAGAAGCAACAAGCCAGGUGCUAUCUGAUGAUGCCUAUUCUGACCUGCGCUAUGACCCCAACUGGAGGACCAACCUGAUGAGACCUGGCCGCUUGAAUGAGAGUCCUCGAGUUUCCGAAGAGGAAUAUUACCAAGUCCCUAAAGACAAAUCUAGUCCGGCAUGUGGUGACAGACAGGGACUGGUAAUGAAAGGAGGAUACAGAUACAUCAUCUACACUAGCCCAGCUGUUGUGGUGACUCCUCAUAUGGCUGACAAUCAGUCUGACCAGUCAUACAGUCUGCACCCACAAGAUGGUCAGAAUAGCUCAGUAACAUCUCCCCAGUGUCACAACCAUGCUUUACAACUUAGAUCACCAGAGGCUCACCUUUCAAGGCCCUCCCGCAUUUCCACUACAAAUGAACACGACAACACUUCACAAAGAGGAUUCAGAAAGAAGAGUGGCAAUAGCUGCGAUGGUGCCGGUGAAAAUAUUAGCAGGUCUCCUGAGCUGACAGAAGAUGUACAUGCCAUGUAUUUAAGCCAAGAAUUUAAGACCUACUGCCAGCAAGAACUGGGACACACAGAGAAGCAGAGUACAUCUGCAUUGUCGAGUCCGAACGGUUUAUCAAACGACAAGCUAGAGACACUCAGAGAGGACAUAGUGGAACGCAACAAAAUAACCCUGGGGCGCAACAUGCCUAAAUGUGUCUCCUAUGUGAUGGUACAUGCACGUAAGCAGGACAUGCCUCAAAUUGUGAGUAAGUUGCAUGAAACUCUUAAGGAGAUGGCUAGCACAGAAAGUCAAGAGGCCAGUUCAGACCCCAAACUGAGCUGGAUUCAGAAAACACAACUGCUGAGUGUCACCCAGAUCAGCAAAGGGAAGAAAGCCCAGCGGAAAGAGUACUCCAACCCCCUUCAGCAGCAGCAGCCCCCUGCCCUGGGGGUCAGAGCUGAGCGGGGAGACCGUCUGAGCUCCCCAUUAGAAAGACCAGCCGCUGUCACUCAGCCAAAACCUCAGAAGACGACUUCAUCGCAGCCUUUGCCUCCCACCUUCCACCUCAACAUCAACCUCAACACUUCCUCCCAUCUGCUUCCGUUGCUCCAGCAGAAGGGCCAGGAUUCCGUCACCAGCGUAGCAUCUCUUCAUGGGUGUCCACAUUGGAGCCGGGCAGCUGAAGUUGAGCUUGCGUUGUCCCCUGAUUAUCGACAAACAAAUACAGGGAAGUCCUGUCACAUGUCACGGAAAGGGGUAAAUGCACAACCUCACCACCAAAACCAGGAGAGUAUCCCCGAACAAUGGCAAAGGACAACUGCAUCAAAGUGGCCAUUAUCCUGUGAAAGGGAGGACCAGACGUGGAGUCCGAAUGAGGUUCACAGCAAGCAAUCUCCACAAAACCUCCCCAGCACACCCUCCACCACUUCGUCACUGGGUUUGGGCUCCUACACAGUUCUGCCCCCUAUAGCAAAGCCAAUGAGUGGAAAAGAGCCUAGCCCCGUUCAGAUUGUGACAGCCCACCCCGUCCACAGAAGCAGCUCUGAUGGCUACCUGAUUCAGAUGGAGAAACAGAAGCAGCUGAAGACACGAGUCACAUAUAAGGCAUACAGUCUUAAAGACUACAAGCAGUUGAAGUCAGAUAUACAUCUACGAGGCCUGGGUCCUGACUAUAAAGCCAUUGAAAAGACUGCUGAGAAAAUGAAACAACAGAGGCUGUAUUCAAAUGUGAUCCGCGAGCGGAACAAAAAGAUAAGUAGGAUUCCCUUUCUGCCGGCCAAGGACCCGGAAGGCAAAGACAAGAAAGUUCCCAGGAUGAAGGCCUUGGAAUAUGCCAAGACAAUAACCAAACCCCUUGUACAGUCUCAGCCAAGGCAGAAGCAGAAACACCAGUCCGAAGGCUUCACUGAGCACACUCCAUACUUCGAGGGCUUGGAUGAGUCCCAGCCUGCUGCACUGGAAGUCCUUAGAAAACGGCAUGAAGAAGAAAAGAAGGCUGUGGCUCUCUUCAGAAAAAUACAUGCUGUCUGA